AUGCAGAAUGCCGAGCAGUACCGGAGCGAUGCGAGCGGUGCGAGUAGCGACGGCACUUCGGCGCUCUUCCCUCCCUUCCUGACACCGUCAGGCAACCUGCGCAUCCCCUCGUCGCUCCCGUACUUUCCAGCUCGCGAACGCGGGGAGGCGUCCGAGCCCGAGGUGCGCAACUCGGACUCGGACGACGACAGAGAAGGAGAAGGAGACUCGCCUGCCGUCAUCUUGGGCAUGCAAAUGUUGGAGGCGGCCCGAAAGACGACGAUACAGCCUUCACAGAACUACGCGCCGGACGAGACGACCGACACCCGCACUUCCGCCCUGUGCAUCCCGCCUCCCGCUCCUCUACCUGCUCCAACUCACCUCCUCGAGCUCAAGUUCACCGCUUGCGGCGAGACGCUCCUCGUCCCGAUCCACGAGGGCUUGUGGGCGAACAAGUCCCGAUUUCUCUCCCACCUCGACGGGAACGCCUCGCCUGCUCCGGCCAUCUUGCGCGAAGGCCAGCUCAGAAUCAUUCCCCUCCCCAUCAUCCGACACAGCCUCCCGUUCCGUACGGUCUGGCCCGUCCUCUACCAAUACAUUCAUGUCGGCUCGACUGCCGCCGUCCUUCAAGACCUCCUCACCUUCCCUGUCCCACCCUCGCCUCUGUCUUCCGACCCGGCAGACGUGCAGCAGCACCAAGUAGGGGCGGUAGUAGCGAGGAUUGAGCGGAUAAGGCGGUUAUGGCUCGACGUGGUCGCGCUCGAGGCGGACACGGAUAUCGCGCUGUGGGAUGCGAUGGAUCGCGCUUGGAACGUCUUGCUCACGGAGCUGAAGGAGGGGUUGCACGGAUCACCGACGCGGGAGGAGCCGUCGCUGAGCGAAGGAGAACUGAGGACGACUUGA